AUGGCAGGCUCACGGGCCUCUCCUCUGCCCGAUAGGGUCAGAGGAGGUGGCGGCGAAAUGAACGAUCCAUUUGUUACUCCCGGAACAGCCAGCGCAAACCCGCUGCGGUACUCCAACUUUGAUUCAAAUCUCUUCGCUCUCGAUCCUGGUUCCUCCCCAACGCAGGUGAAGCGUGCCCUCGAGGCUCACCUGGCCGAGACCGAUCGGCGGAUGCAGGAAGCUGGAAAGCUCGGGAACGCCCUUGUCGCGCAACGCAAGCAGCUGGAGGAGCGUCUUCGCGAAGUGGAACAAGUUGAGGCUCAAGGAGAGCUCGCGCCUGAUCUCCGCAAGAAGCUGUUUGACAUUGAGAAAGACUAUAAUGAGGUGGCCAGGGAAAGUGCAAGGGCUUUUCUACCCAAGCCGAGGAUUCCUAGUAAUGAGCUCACGACUGGCUCUCCAUUUGCGCCCGAAGGCAAGGGUGGCAGGCGGUCUGUGAGCCCCUCAAAGUUCGAGAGCCAGGCUACAGGUUCUCCCACCAAGCUCAGCGUGCCAAACAGGAAGCUCCGGAAUCAACCCACCAAUAGGAUCCAUGACAUCGAAUUCGCUGCAGAGAUUAGCACAUCUUUGAUUUCACAAGUACGAAACCUGCAGGCUCUUCUUUCUGAGCGUGACGAAGAGCUUAGGGACAUCAAGGUUGAGAAGUCCAGGCUCGAGGCCGAGUCUGAGGCCUUCCAACAGCGGGUCAAGACGUUGGAUGAAAGCGAGCACCGCUACAAGGACGAGAACUGGAACCUGGAAACGCAGCUGCACGAACUACUUGCGUCACAAAAAGAGGCUGCCGAUCGUGAGAAGAAGCUUAACCAAGCUCUGAACGCGCUCCAGGCAGAGAAGAAUUCGACGCAAAGGGAACUGGAUGAGAUUAAGGUGUCUCAUGCGAAACUCGUAGAGGACCACGCUGCUGCGGUGAAGCACCACGACAUUGAGCUUGGCACUGCCAAACGCAACAUUGUUAUGGCUGAUACCGAGAGAGCCGCCAUGCAGCGAAAGAUUGAAGACCUUACCAGCCAGAACCAAGAACUUGCCAAGGCGUUCUCAAUGCAACGAGGAAGGAUGCUUGAGCGGGAAGCCGCCUCAGGCUUGAGCGAUGAGGACUUCGAGACUGCCAAUGACAACAUCACUCCGGAACACUCACCACCACCUUCUCCUGUCAAGGGCACACCGCGACACUCUAUGCUGGAAUCCGAGACCCUCAAAACUUCGCUCCUUCACGCUCAGCGCACGAUCCAGAGUCUUCGCACCAAUGUUCACCGUGAGAAGACUGAGAAGCUCGAACUUAGACGCAUGCUCCAAGAUGCACGUGACGAAAUUGAGAAGGCCAGAAGUGACCCUUCCAGCGGUAGCCGACCUAGCCGCAAGACAGCAUCUCGCGAGUUCAAGAAGCCCUUCCGCCCUGCACAACUUGGUGAAGCCCGCAUCAGCCGCAGCGAAAUUUAUCUUGAGGAUCCUAACUGGGAGGAGCAGCCGGGUGAUCCCAUGAGCCCUACUCGACCUGUGACCAACUUCAGAGGGUCCCGAUCCGGUGAAAUGCCUACCGUUGUCGAGUCCAGCAGUGACCAAUUUGAUACAGCUCACGAGACAAGCGAUGCUGCGUUUGAGACGGCCAAUGACGAACGCGCUACCGAGACUGAGGAUUUCCAGACGGGUGCUGAAGAGAUGUCGGACGAGGCAACCGAGACCGAGAGUCUCUCGAGGGGUGUAGGACGGCUGAAGAGACCCCCGUCACUGCCUUUGAACCAGCACCAGACCCGCUACGAGUACCAGAGCACAGCAUCCACUUCCGACGAGGAGGAUGACUACACCUACGCUGGCUCGGAUCUCACCAAGACGCCCACUUCUUUGCCUUCAAGGCCGCGCAACCGCUUCAGUCGCAGCAGCCGCAGUGGAUUCUCCCGCUCCCGUUCUCGACAGACCAGCGAAGAGCCCAACAUGCUUAGCAGCCCCGCCAACUAUCCGGGUAGUCCCGCCAGCUUUGCCACUAGCAGUGCCACUGGAACACCCCAGGCUGCUGGACAGAGCCUAUUUGCUGAGCUGGGCGAGCUCGAUGGCAGCGAUUAUGAGUCGUAUAAUGGUGCCACGCCUAGCCGACGCAGUGUCAGGUCCAUGAGCGUCAGGUCCAUGACCCCAGCGUCAGUCACUCGCCGCACGGGUUCUACGCCCCCUGUGCCUCCUCUGCCCAGGGUUAUUAUGGUCUCCAGUGGUAUGAUGACUGAGCCCGUUGCUAUCGAGCCAUCGUCAGAGACUAUUGUUGAGUUCAAGGAGAGACCAUUUUCGAUGAACUCGGUUAUCCGGGAUGGAGAGACCUCUUGGUUGGAUUCGAGACCUGUGUCCAUGGCAUUUUCUUACAGUGAUGCUGGCGCGCAGCAUGAUCCGGACAUGGAGCAAGAGCUGGCUCGAUUCCCUUCACCUCCUAGGCCCACCUACCACCUUGGUGACACACCUAUACCCAUUCUGACGCCUCCCCUCUCUUUGAGCUACUCCUCAAUCCAGGCUGAGAAUAUUGAGCCGCUAAGUGACCCUGAAGUCAUGUCGCCUCCACCACCAACUCUUAGCUUUUCAGGAAUCCAAACCGAGGAUGUCGAGCCUCGUGGUGAGAUCGAAAUCCCACCGCCUUCUUUCAGCAUAUCCGGCAUCACUGCAGAGGGUAUUGAGCCACGUGAGGAGUUGGCAGUUCCUCCGCCCGCCCUUACUAUGUCGACAGUUCUUGGCGAAGCUAUCGAACCCCAGGCCGAAGCUGAGAUUCCCCCGCCUGCACUCACCAUCUCGUCAGUUCUUGUCGAAGCUAUUGAGCCCCAGGCUGAACUCGAGAUUCCUCCCCCUGCACUUACUAUUUCAUCAGUCCUUGGUGAAGAUAUCGAGCCCCAGGCCGAGCUUGAAGUCCCUCCACCUGUGCUCAGCAUAUCUACCAUGGUGGCAGAGGGCAUUGAGCCUGUCAGUGAACCCGAGAUGCCGCCUCCUGCUCUGAACUGGUCUGGCAUUCAGGCCGAGCAUAUUGAACCACAGAGCGAGCCUGAGAUUGCGCCUCCAGUCUUCACCAUUUCCUCAAUCUCUGUGGAGCAUGUCGAGCCACUUAGCGAGCCCGAAAUUGCACCGGCGACGCCGCCGGCCCUUGUCUUCUCGACCAUCACUGCUACCGAGGUCGAGCCUAUUGCUGAGCCUGAGCGUGAGUAUGUCGCUGAAUCUCGCGACCUUCUUGCCCUCGGGGCUAUUGCCAAAGAGGCAUCGGAAGCAACCGAGGAGCCUGCAGAGCCUGCAUCCGUUCCUGUUACCCUCGAUUUCUCAGCUAUUCAAACCCAGUUUGACUUAGCUCCCGUCGACCCCGUGGAACCCAAGGUCGUUGUUCCGGAACCGCAACAGCUUUCAUUCUCAGCGAUUUCGGGUGAGAUCGUUGAGCCUUUGGCUGAGAUUCCCCCUGUCCUUGGAUUUUCGUCCAUCUACGGCGAAAACGUCGAUCCUGUGGCGGAUUCGGAGAUCCCUCCGCCUGAGCUUUCAAUGUCGACAAUUGCGACUGAGCAAGUUGAACCUGUCGCUGAUGUCGAUCCUGUUCUCUCCAUGUCGACAAUCGUCACAGAGUUUGUUGAGCCCAUCGCCUCCAUCCAGCCUAGCCUCUCGCUGUCGACCAUCGCAACCGAGACUGUCGAGCCUAUCAGCAUUCCCGAACCCGAGAAGGUCAUGUUCUCUAUGUCGGCCAUUGCAACUGAGGCUGUCGAGCCCGUCGGCAUUCCAGAGCCCGAGAAGGCUAUUUUCUCCUUGUCACCCAUAUUGGGCGAGCAGGUGGAGCCGAUCGAGCCUCCCGCCAAGCGGCUUCGUGCCGUUGCACCACUCGGUUAUUCGAGUAUCACCACUACUUGGGACACAGAGCCAGUGUCACCCCGUAGUCCUAAGCGUAACGGCUUCAUCAUUCCCCGCGAUGACGAACGGCCCAUCACCCCCAUCGAUGGCUUGUUUUCCUUGGCUCGUGGCAAGAGCAAAGUCAGAGAGCCCUCGACUCCUAUCAUUGCGGAGGACGAGACACGUCAGUCCCGGAGUGCCUCGCCAAGCGCCGAGACUCCCGAGUCACAAAGACCGCUUAAGGAGCUGCCUUCCAAUGUCAACGCCAAGCCCGUCCGCAAGCAGGUUGUGCCUACGACCGACCAAGGUGCCCAAACCUCUCUCACAUCGGAGGCGAUUGACCAGAUCAUGGCCCUGCGGGCAAAGGCAAGCACGCCCACGAGCCCAUUCUUCUCUCAUCACAAGACAGACUCGUUCGGCACCAGCGUCGGCACGCCUGGAACUGUCCGCAUCAGAAGGUCACAGGAAAGCCUUAGCAGUGUCAUCCACCACAAAGUCAAGCCUGUCGAAGCUGACUUGGAUGGACGGAGACCCGGCAGCGCUGCAAGCGGGCACGCAUCGAUCCACUCCCAAAACCUUCCGCCGCUGCCCCCGAACCACAAGGAGGCCAUUCAGGCCGCACGCGUAGACUCCUCGCAGGGCGGCCCUGGCACAAUCACCACCAUGGGCCCUCCCUUGCUGCCGGCAUCCGCAUACAAGAACCAACAGCGACCGCGUACACCUAACGGGUCUAAGAGGCCCAUGUCUCCCGCGUCGAUUGUCUCUGUUGGACGCGGUACACCCACCCCCAAGCCGGCCCGGUCUGGUUCUGCGUUCGGCACGGCAGAGGUUCAGUCACCCACGCGCAUAACUGCUCACAGCAGGCAAUCAUCAAUGUCGUCCUUUGUUUCCGAGGUCGAUGCUCGGUUCAACAUGCAAAAUGGCAUGUCGGUAGGCAUGCAGCAACACGGCUUCGGACCAAACACGGACCCUCGCAUGAUCCAGGCAAUCACGCAGACAAUGAUUGGUGAAUACCUAUGGAAGUAUACUCGCAAGGCCGUCGGUGGCGACUUCUCGGAGAACCGUCAUCGCCGCUACUUCUGGGUCCACCCCUACACCAGGACGCUGUACUGGAGCGACAAGGACCCGUCGACUGUUGGUAGGUCAGAGGCAAGAGUGAAGAGCGUUCCCAUUGAGGCUGUCAGGGUUUCCACAGACGAUAAUCCCAUGCCACCUGGGCUUCACCGCAAGAGUUUGACCAUCUUGUCACCUGGACGUGCCAUCAAGUUCACCUGCACAACUGGCCAGCGUCAUGAAACGUGGUUCAACGCACUUUCAUAUCUGCUGCUCCGUACUGAGACGGAGGGGCAAACCGACACGGAAUCGAUGGCGGAGCACAUCACCAGUGAGGAUGUUGACGAGUUCAACCCGCAAUACGGACAGCGUGCCGCGGCCGGCACUCGGGCAAACACACCUCGCCCGCCGCCGUCGCUUGCAUCCUUCACUUCGCGGACGCCUCGCAAUGAGACUCCCACUCCUUACGGCAGCUCGUAUGACGUGCCGACGUUGACAAAGACGCCCAAGAAGAAUGAUACUCCGCAGCAGCAGCAGCAGCAGCAGCAUCCGCAAAGACCGGCCUUGGGCACUAUGGGCCGAAUCAGUGGAUACUGGAAGUCCAGUCACGUCAUCUCGGGCACUUUUGGCAGCCUAAGAAGCCGCAGUGCCGGUGCGGUCCAGCAUCCGCGGGGCACAAUAUACGAGACCAAUGAGGUUCACGAUAGCGCAGAGGACCUGAGACUCAUGUAUGAGGCUCAGGACCGUGAAUCUGCCAGACUGGAGAACGUCCGUGCUUGCUGCGAUGGUAAACAUGACGUUGGAACUCUCCAUAAGAGGGGAUUACUUGCGUCCCACAGCCAUUCCCACACGGGCGCCUCAACACCGACCGCUUCAGGUACCGUCAAGUCUCGCGCUUGA